CUCCUCCCACUUCCCAAUUCCAAAAAAACGAAGAGCAAACCAUUCAACAACCAUGAAGAUCAACUUCCCAACUUUCUUCACAUCCAAGGAUUCCAAACUUUCCAAAAAAUCCAAGAAAAAGCCCAAUUCCUCCUCCUCCUUCUCCUCCUCUUCCUCCGACGACUCCAUCUCCUCCUCCAUCACCCGAUCUCCAAAAACCGUCCUCCCACCUUCCCCCUCCUCCGACCUCUUCGACGUCGACAAGAUCACCGCACGCGAUCUCGAGACGGUGAUACGCCGCCUCGGCCACUCCCCCAUCUCCGACGAAGACCUCUCGCUGAUCCUCGCCGAGAUCGUGGCCGACGACGGCUGCAUCCCGCUCGAAUCUCUCACGCCGAAACCCUCCGGCCCUGCCGAUCUCCACGACGCCUUCUCCGUCUUCGACGCCGACGGUGAUGGCCGGAUCUCCGCCGAGGAGCUUCUCGGCGUCUUCGUCGCCAUCGGUGAUGAUGGUUGUACGAUCGAGCAGUGCCGUCGGAUGAUCGGCGCUGUUGAUAGUGAUGGUGAUGGGUUUGUUUGUUUUCAGGAUUUUGUUCGCUUGAUGGAUGGUCAGAGAAGCUGUUGAAUAUCUUUCCCUUUUUUUAAUUUUUAUUUUUUAAAAAAAUUGCAACUUCUUGGAA